UCGUUUCGGCAUGGAUUAUAUCAUCCAUGGUUCGGGCCAAUGCGAAUGUGACAAGUUUAUAUCUUGAUUGAGGAUUUGAACGAAAGCAUUAUUCACGUGAUAGGGGAAUCCCCAGGAAAAGGAACUUCGAUGAUAAACGCUUGACUUGCAACUUACUGACUGUAUUCAACUUCUUCCUGCUUUGCUUUCGAUAUACUUCUUCUUGCUGUUUUCUAAAAUGCCCAACACGAGAGCCGAAGAAAAUAAUGGAUUUGGACCUCUUUAUAAACCUCGAGGUUACGGAUCAAUUUUUGCCUCAGCGUUCAUUAUUUUCAUAUAUCUGGCCUUCACUCUCUUUCUCGAGAAGUCAAAUACGAGACAAUCUUGGAAUGUCUACUUGUUUGCAGUUGGUUUCUCCUUCCUGGCACUCCUGAUCGGUGAAUUGAUUCGUCGGUUUUGCCUGUUCACUGAGGAAUAUCGCCACCUUGAUGCACGAUAUGAAGGAAGUUUCAAGAAAGCUGGCCGAGCGUUAUUUGGUUUCAGUAAUAAUGCUCUGGUAUGUGUGCUUACAUGCAUCGCAAUCAUUAUCGCUGGAGUAUUCUGCAACGAAAACGACUGGGCAUCGUUUAAUCCCGACUAUGUACGUGUCUUUUUCCUAAAUGCCGUGUUUAUGCCCAUCUUCAUCUACAUUGUUGGUUUACGUGAUCCCUCGACAGUGGAAUAUUCGCAGAACAACGAAAAGCAAAACAAGAACUUGGCUGAUGGUCUUGCAUGGAGCUUCUACUUUGGCUAUCUGAAAUUUGUCUUACCUGCCCUGAAAGGACAAAUUAAUGAAUCUGAGAAAUACCGCUUUGAAAUUGAUGUCCAAAAACUCUUUAUUAUCCUGCCUAAAAAUUGUCAGGUCUUUGAUAAAAUUUCAAACGAAGACACAGACCCACAAAAGCUGAUAAAAGACGAGGAGAAUCUCCCACCACUGAGGAAAAAUAGGGGAGGUAUCCAAGACCGCAUUUACAGGCAUACAGUGCACAGCAUAACAGAGAGAAAACCUGGUGGCAAAGACAAGAAACAUUACUGUGUGAUGGAGUACGCCACUCCCCUCAUGACACUCUUUGAUAUGUCCGAUGAUCGUAAUGCUGGGCUGAGCAGGGAAGAGAGAGACCAACAAGUGGUUCUGUUUAUUAGCAAGUUAAAGCAGAUCCUUGAUGAAGACAAAGAAUGCAAAGGCAAAUAUGAGCUUGUUACAUUCUCUGGAGAAGCUGGUCAAGACCUUGCAAAGAUUAUGAUUGAUAAUUUGAAAAACCCUGCCUUAGAAAUGGAACAUCAUCAGGGAUGAAAUAUGAUCCUGUAAAAAGAGAGGGCAGUGAAGAGAAAUUAGCCCCUCUACCUUUAGUUAAACCCAAUUUAAUAACAAUCUGAGCCCCUGAUAUUGAAAAUGUUGUCAUUAAAAGUAUUUGGAACAUGAUAAACUAGUAUGGAUUUGUAAUAUCUAUAUAGGUUUGUAAUAAUUAUCUAAAACUAGUAUAAACUUCAGUGAUAUCAUUAAAUACCCAUACUCUUGGGUUUUUUUUAGUAGUAAAAUCAAAAGAAAUUUAUGGUAAUGUUUGUAAGUUAUAUCAGAGUUUUUCUUAUAGAUAUACAUUAGCUACUUUGGAAAUUUGAGUAUAAAAAUAAAAUUUAUGUAUGCAUGUAUCAGGGGCAGAUCCAGGGGGAUUCUGUGGUGUACAUUCCUUCAUUAGUACACCCUCCCUCCCCCCCUUAAACAUUCCUAGAUCAACUUCCGUGUAUGUAGUAACUCUGGAUGAAAAAUAAAUUAAUAUUUGGUUAAAAAA